AUGGGCAAGAUUUUCCGGCCUCUGGGGAGAGAGUUGAAAGAGCGGAGCUGCGGGACCCGGGAAGCAGGACUCUCGGUUACACUACUGGUAAUGCCUGGAGCUGGAGCAGAGGACUGUGGGGAGAGAGAAUAUUUGCAUGAGGGUCGCUGCUGCUUAUCUUGUCCAGCAGGUACUUAUGUUGCUCAGCACUGCAGUGUUCCGCAUUGGAGAGGAAGAUGCGUCCCUUGCACCGAAGGAGAGGGCUAUACCACUCAUGAGAAUGGCUUGGAAGAAUGCUUGUCAUGCAGACAGUGCAAAGAGGAUCAGAUAACUUUGAGACCCUGUACUCUGACACAUGAUGCUGAAUGCCAGUGCAAACAAGGGUAUUUUUGCCCUGCCGAGGGCUGUGAAAUAUGUCAGAGAUGCAGUACAAUGUGUCCAGAAGGGAAAGAAAUUGUGCAGAACUGCAAUGCUACUAUGGACCUAGGAUGUGGCUUGCCUGAUCAAGGAAGCACAGCUCUUGCUUGCACUAUUGUGAUUAUUUUGGUGGUGGUUGGUGGUUUGCUGCUGUUCUUUGUAAUUAGAAAGCCAAAGAGGGAUAAAGCUGCUUCAACUGAUAAAGAUGCAGAGAAAGGUCUGGAGUCUGAGCACAGUACUGAAAGCCUCAUUUUACCAGAAGUGGAGACACCUGCAAAUAACACAGACAACCCAGAGGGUGAGAACUCUGCUGAGAACCCAGAGGGCCAAGAAAAAGCCAACAUUAACUUAGAAGUAAAAACCACAUCGUCAGAGGAAAACAGGGCCAUGCUUUACAAGUGGAUCACCAUCCUGCACAGGGGCUGGAGGCGGAUCACCGAGUCUUCGCUACCAGCAAAAACUGUGCAGAAUCCUGCUUUUCAUCAGAAUGCCCCACCUAAAGUACCAAGUGGUAGGAUGACAGCAAAUCAUAUGGUACGAGAACCAAAGACUAGAAUAAUUGUUAAAGAUCUUUCUCAAAAAGAACCGAGAGCUACCUUUGGGGCCUUUAUAAAUGAAGUACCACGAAAAAAUUGGAAGCGGUUUAUGAGAACUCAUCUGCAGGAGAAUGAUAUUGUUAAAAUUAUUCAUGAAUUUCCUAAUGAUAUAGAAGAGCAAUCUUAUCAGAUGCUUCUCACCUGGAAAAACACACUGGGAGAGAAACAAUCUAUUAUUAAAUUACUGGAAGAGUUAAGGUAUCUAGAUACCAAGGCUUAUGAUAAGGUAUUUAACACUUUAAAAAGUAAUAAUGUUAUAUGUAAAUUAGAAGCUACAGAUUAA